CACUGUUGCUAGUCUGCUGCUGUCAAAGCUCAGCUCACCACCGGUUCGUAGUUACUCGAUUUCUCGUUUAUUGAUUGUUAUAUUGAUUUUCAAUUUCCGUUGUCCGUAUCACAACACACAGUGCUUGCGAAGUGGAAAACAAAGUUUAAUAUUUUGGUACCUAUUUUAAAAUAGUACCACAAUGGAUGUCCUUAUAACAUUAUUCUACAUGCUAUUCUCGAUUUGCGUCGUUUACCCGCCCACGGAGUUCGUGGCAGCCGGGUUCACUAUCGCGCAGCUGUUCGAAAACUACUUGGGGUCGGAAAAUGUUAAUUUUAUCGGAUAUCACAUGAAGAGGAUAACGAUAACUGCUUUGAUUCACACGAUGCUGCCUCUUGGAUACGUGUUUUCGCUGUGGUUCGGUGGUGCAAUCGGGCCGUGGUUUCUGUCGUCGGCGGCAGCAGCUGCUAUCAUUCCGCUUCUGAUGUGUUACAAGAUAUUGUGUUGGUGGGAGUACGACCGGAGGAAGCACCCGGCCGUGAAGCCGCUGCUUUGCUACACGGAGCCCGGACAAGACUGGAGGAUUGUUGCUGCCAGUAUUAAUGUAGAAUAUCGAAGUGUGGACAAGGUGUGUGUUGCCCUGACGGCAACCAGCAAGUUUGUGGCAACGGAGAAUUGGCUCAUCAAAGUGACACAGUACGGUGUCAACCUCGUGCACCAAAAUGACUGCGCUCUUGUGGCAACAGCUACCGACAGCCACGACCUAACACCAACAGAUGAAGACGUAGUACAAUACGUGAACAUUGAAGUAAUACCGUCCAGAGAAGACGUGAAGCGUUUCACCUUCCGUAUCUCAACCACAGCAUUAAGGGACCUCCAGCCACGCCUCGUGAGCCCCGUCAGGGUCCCAGAACACAUCUCACUGCUGCCAACCUUGAUUGAGAGAUUUGUGAGCGUGUUCAAACAGCAUGUGGAACAAAAUCCUGUUUAUUAUGUGGAUGAGGAGGUGGAGCAGUGUAUCGGCUGUAUGCAAGCCCAGGCCGACGUCAAACUCAACCGGCGCUGCCUACCGCCGCCCGCGCAUCUCGAGGGCGGCCCGCCGCAGUGUCAGCAGUGUAACUGCAGGGUGCUGUGGUGCUGCAGCUGUAUGGCGCGGUGGUGGGCGUCGCGUGCGCAGGGCGAGGCGGAGCGCUGGCUGGCGGGCCGCUGCUCGUGCCCCGUGUGCCGGGCCGUAUUCUGUCUGCUCGACGUAUCGCCCGUUGCCCGUUCCACUGAACAGAUGUAGGAUCUGUGGUGGAUGACUUACGGUGGGAUUGGCUGAGUUUUUUAAUCUAUGUUUUUUUUUUUUAGUGAAACUGUAUUUGAAUAUGACCGUUUUCAGGGAUUGAUUAAGAUUCUCGUUCAUAAAAAAUUUGUGUGCGUGAGCGAGCUGUGUUGUUGGAAAAAAGAAGUUGCGCAUAAUCUGCUUAUUAUAAUGAUGACGUAACACACAUU